AUGGAUUGGUUUCACUGCAACCAGUGUUUCCGAAAAGAAAGGGACCAUUUCUUUGUCACCAGUUGUGGCCAUAUUUUCUGUAAAAAAUGUGUGACUCCCGAAAAGUGUACAGUUUGUGGAACUGCCUGCAAGCAUCUGGCUCUUUCUGAUAAUAUGAAAUCUCAGGAGAAGAUGUAUUUCAAAAACCCUGUGGAGAGAGCCAAGCAGUAUUUCAGUCAUAUCUCUCAGGUGUGGAGAUUCCAGAAGAAACAAACAGAUCUCCUUAUUGCCUUUCAUAAGCAUAGAAUUGCAAAAUUAGAAGCAGACUUGCAAGAGGUACAGCAAAAAGUUACCAGCCAGGACAAAGAACUGUCAAUCUUAAGGAAGGAGAAUAAAGAAAUGAAGAACUUUCUAGCUACCCUUAAGAAAUCUCCAAAUUAUUACCAAGGAAACAGGUUGAAUACACCUCGACCAGUAUGCAUUACUUCCCCAUCACAGUCAGUUACUCCACGAGCCAGUGCUCAGCAGAGCAGCCAGGUGGUUAGUCGGCCAUCCCCAGCGGAGUUUAUACCUCCUAGAGUGGCUGGCUUUGGUAGCUUGGGACAAGGAACCAGAGGCUUACAGAGAAGCAGCACACCCAGAGAUUCUUACAUGGAAACCCCUUCACCAGCUUCUACCCGCAGCCUAUCAUAUAGACCCUCGCCUGCCUCUUCUGGACAGGGGAAUUUUCCUUACAGACCAGCUCUAAAUGAAGAGGAUUCAGAUCACUCAAGAGGCCUCACCCCUAGAAAUUCAGGUCAGAGAGAGAACAGAACCACACUAGAGUCUCUUUCUGGUUUCCAGCCACCGGUCCUACAGACUCUCUACCAACAUAGGCAGAUGGGACUAACCAAGGGGAGAGAAGCAUAG